ACCGAUCAGAAAGCGCGUGCACUCGUGUCUCCGCUCACGCGCAGGCCUGUAGGGGGCUCUAUUGUGGGCCGAGACACCGAUCGGAAGGCGCUUCAGCUUGGCGCAGGCCUGUAGGGGACGCUAUCGCGCGCCGAGCCACCGAUCACGCCGUGACUGUAGGGGGCGCCGCCGAUAGAGCGGCGAGAGUUCGGAGUCCGCAGAGGCGCCGGCAGCGCGGCCGCCGACCCAAGCGUGCGGCCUUCCCGCCGCCAUGAGGCUGCGCGUACGGCUUCAGAAGCGGACCGGGCCGCUGGAGCUGCCCGUAGCCGCGCCGACCCUGGGGCAGCUGCGCGCGCACCUCAGCCAGGCUCUGCUGCCCAGCUGGGGCUUCAGUUCUGAUACACGAUUUGCAAUUACAUUGAACAACAAGGAUGCCCUCACUGGAGAUGAAGAGACCUUGGCUUCGUAUGGGAUUGUUUCUGGGGACUUGAUAUGUUUGGUUCUUGAAGAUGCCAUGCCACGACCUAACUUACCUUCAUCCACAGAUUCAGAGCAUUCCUCACUCCAGAAUAAUGACCAACCCUCUUUGGCUGCCAGCUCAAAUCAGGCUAGCAUCCCGGAUGAACAGUGGAGUGAUUCAGCACAAGGCCUGCCUGCCCAGUCUGAUGCCUGGAACGAUAACAGUGUGGAAGGGCCUAGGUACAACGUUGAAGCUGAGUUAGUUCAGGAUGUGGCUAUGGAAGAAGACUCAGGUUUCUGUCCUUCAGAACCAAUGCUCUGCAGUGAAGCAGUGGAGGGGCAGGUGCCUCACUCUCUAGAAAUCCUGUAUCAGUCAGCAGACUGCUCUAAUGCCAGUGACGCCUUGAUAGUGCUGGUGCAUCUCCUCAUGCUCGAGUCUGGCUACAUCCCUCAGAGAACUGAAGCCAAAGCAGUGUCAAUGCCAGACAAGUGGAAAUUGAGUGGUGUGUACAAGCUGCAGUACACGCAUCCUCUCUGUGAGGGAGGCUCUGCUGUGCUCACCUGUGUGCCUUUGGGAAACCUAAUCAUUGUAAACGCUACACUAAGAAUCAACAGUGAGAUUAAAAGUGUGAAAAGAUUGCAGUUGCUGCCAGAAUCCUUUGUUUGCACAGAGCAGCCAGGGGAAAAUGCAGCCAAGGUGUACAAAGACCUUCAGAAGCUCUCUCGCCUCUUCAAAGACCAACUGGUGUACCCUCUUCUGGCUUUUACCCGACAAGCACUGAACCUUCCAGAUGUAUUUGGGCUGGUUGUCCUCCCAUUGGAGCUGAAACUACGCAUCUUCCGACUCUUGGAUGUUCCUUCCGUUCUGGCUUUGUCUGCAGUCUGUCGUGACCUCUUCAUUACCUCAAAUGACCCCCUGCUGUGGCGGUGUUUGUAUCUGCGGGAUUUUCGAGAUGGAACUGUCAGAGGUCGAGACACAGAUUGGAAAGAACUGUACAGAAAGAGGCACAUACAAAGAAAAGAGGCUCAGAGAGCACGGCAUGCGAUGUUCUUGCCACCGCCAGCCCACCCCAUCCCGUUCUGUCCCAACCCCUUACAUCCCAGGCCCUUUCUUCCCACUUCACUCCUUCCUCCCGGAAUCAUUGGUGGUGAAUAUGAUGAAAGACCAAUAAUUCCCUGUGUUGGGGAUCCAAUCAAUUCACUCAUCCCAGGGCCAGGGUCUACACCUAGCCAGUUCCCUCCACUCAGACCACGUUUUGAUCCAAUUGGCCCUCUUCCAGGACCAAACCCCCUCUUGCCAGGAAGGGGUGGCCCCAACAGCAGAUUUCCCUUCAGACCCAGCAGGGGUCGGUCAACUGACAGCAGGCUACCAUUCAUGUAACUGAUUUGCAUUCUCCCCUUGGAGCUCCGUUUUGUUAAAGCUACAUAUGCUAUUUCCUCGCGUGCUGAUCUAUAGUGUCAUUUUCUGGUUAGGGCAGUGAGAAUUGGACUCCCAGAGCCUUUCAGUGGAUAUGUUCAUGGUUUCAGGGGUGCUAAGCCCAAGCUGACCUAUCAGGGAUGGCUUUGGGAAUAGUUGGCUACUGACCUCUCUGUUCUGGAUUCCCCAUGUGGAUGGAGCUUGUGAUACUGAUAAUGUUCUGUGCCAGAUGAAUAAAAAUAAAAGUUACACGGCA